AUGCGGCGUACUCCACCAGUGACGGGUGCCGAUUACUGGGCCCGCGACGAUCCUGCCAACGCCAAGCCAGCUGGUGGGGAUGAUGGAUGCGAGGGGCUGAUGGGUGGUCGUGCAGCGCCUCGUGCUUGGCUGGCAGUUCGCACGCUGUCGCAUCCAGCGCCAGCUCCAGACGCGCUCUGGCAACCUCCAGACAGCGGCCCUUUGCGCGUUCUUCUGUAUUCCAUCAUCCAUAUUAGCGGGCGUCAUUUAACGGGAGACGCCCAGACCCGGCGCCGUUUCAUGGUGGAGUCAUGUGCACAAGCGGGCCUUUGCAUCUUCAAUUUUUGCCAAGGCACGGCACUAACAACUCAUAGCAAGGUGCUGACUGACUGCGCUGACGUAGCAGUUUUGUAA